AUCUAACUCUACUAUCAUUGUAGCUAUGACCAAUCUAUCCAACAAAACCCUAGCUGUCAUUGGCUCUGGAGCCAACAUGGCUACUGGAAAUCUGAUCUAUAUGCUUGGCGGCAUAGAUUUGCAGACUCUUGAAGAACUGCAUAAAAAGAGCAUAGACUCUUAUGAAGAAGCCGUGCAGGAACUGAAAGACACAAACAAGGAGCUCUACUUCUACACCCCGCGAUACAGGGUUACUGUCAAAGAUCAAACCCCGUCUGCUGAUGGCCUUCUACUCGUUGUGAGACCGCCUCUUCAGGCAGCUGACGCAAGUUUCACUGAGGAUUUAGUCGAUAAGGUUAAGAGCUUAGAGUCGUUCUUUGUAAAAAGGAAGGCUAUAAUUCUGAUUGAAGCUCCGGCAAACUAUGGAUGGUCGGAAAGCGAAUACAACGACUUGGCGCGAAGUAUAAAAGCUACGCUUUAAAGUCUUGGUAUUUUAGCUGAAAGGUACAUAUACUAUAUUCUUCAAAAUAUCUGACGAUGUACUUAUUG